AUGGACCACGCACACAUGGAUCACAGUGGAAUGGACCACAAGGGAAUGGGCCACGGCGGCAUGGACCAUGGCGAUGGAGGCAUGAAGGACAUGUGCAGCAUGAACAUGCUCUUCACCUGGGACACCAAGAACCUCUGCAUCGUCUUCCGACAAUGGCACAUCCGCUCGACCUCCUCCCUCGUCUUCUCUCUCGUCGCAGUCAUCCUCCUCGCCGUAGGCUACGAAGCCCUCCGCUCCCUCUCGCGUCGUUACGAAGAAGCCCUCGACAAGCGCGUCCGCGCCACACCCAGUGAUGAACCUGUUACUGAGUCGACUCCCAUCCUUUCAGGGCAAAACCAGGAGCAGGCCGAUCAGCGCGCCCAUCUCAUCAAGGCUGUCUUGUAUGCCCUGCAGAACUUUUACGCAUUUAUGCUCAUGCUCGUCUUUAUGACCUACAACGGCUGGGUCAUGAUUUCCGUGUCUCUUGGCGCCUUUAUUGGAUAUGUCUUCUUUGGACAUAGAACUUCGGCUACAAAGGACAAUGCGUGCCACUAA